AUGGCUUGUUCUUCAACUUCAUCCAUUCAGAAGAGCUUCAAGUAUGAUGUGUUUCUGAGUUUCAGAGGUGAAGAUACUUGUACUAACUUCGUUGAUCAUCUUUAUCAUGCUCUUCAGCAGAAAAGUAUUCACACAUACAGGGACGACGUGAGAAUCAAGAAAGGGAAAAGAAUAAGUGAUGAGCUCAUCGGAUCCAUUAAAGAUUCAAAGUUCUACAUCAUUGUUUUCUCCAAGAACUAUGCAUCUUCUUCUUGGUGCUUGGAUGAACUUUUGAAGAUAAUGGAAUGUCACAGCACCAUCGAGCAUACCGCCUAUCCCGUCUUCUAUGACGUAGAGCCGUCUGAAGUCCGCAAACAAAGCGGGGCAGUAGCGGAAGCAUUUGCUAAACAUGAAAAGGAAGAGGCUGCUUGGAAAUGGAGAGAGGCUUUGAAAGAUGCAGCGGAUCUGGCUGGGUGGGAGUUGAAGAACACCGCUAACGGGCAUGAAGCUGAAUUCAUCCAAAAAAUUGUUGAAGAGCUUUCAUUAGAGCUACGAUCCAUCAGUUUCAACAUUGAUGAAAAAUUAGUAGGAAUGAAGAACCGGGUCAAGGAUGUUGUAUCAGCUUUAGGAACUGAUUUUGAGGAUGUUCGUAUGAUGGGGAUCAAGGGGAUGGGAGGUGGUGGGAAGACAACUUUGGCAAGAGCUGUUUUUGAUCAAAUCUUCUGUCAAUUUGAUGGUAAAAGCUUCGUUGAGAAUGUUAGGGAAGUUUCAAACGCAUCUUUGUUCGGUUUGAAGUCUUUGCAAAAUCAAGUCCUUUCUGAUGUUUUAAAUGAUAAAGACAUCAAAGUAAGUAGUGUUUAUGAUGGGAAACACCUGAUGAAGAGGAGGAUGCGUGAUAAAAAGGUGCUUAUUGUUUUAGAUGAUGUGGAUCAUAUAGACCAACUUGAGGCGUUAGCCGGUGAACCUGAUUGGUUUAAGCCAUGA